GUAUCACCCUCGAUUAUAGUAACUAUAUCCCAAAUCGACAGCAUUCUUUCCAAUCCGGUACAUAAUGGACUCCAAUGCUUGGCCUAUUCCAUGGCCACGGGAACUUCCGGUCGUGGUUCGGAGCUUGCAAAAGCUACCGCGAGAGAUAGUCCACCAAGUUUUGAGCGAUUUACCAUUCAUCAAGAUACUAUCGCUUCUCUCUUGGAAACUACCAUACAUCGAUGAAUGUGUUCUUUCUCACAUAGUCUAUGGACGAUUAUUCAGCUCACAAGGUGAAAUAUCGCAUGCGGUGAACCACUACACACUCUACCGCGAGAUGUGCUGGUUUCACCGCUGGCCUCCUGCAGACGCAGACUCUUUGUUCGCAAGAUCGCCCCAGAUGCUCUUGAGUGACUGGAGAAACUUGGAUUACAUGAUCAAAGAAAUGAGAUGCCUGAUUAGAGCUGGCUUGAACAUAGACUAUCGUUAUCUCGAUCUUUUCGUCAAGUAUGGAAGACCUCGUCCACGCAACAUAGACAUUAACUUUGAUGGGCUUGGAUCUUCUCUCAAUUUGAAGAAUUGCUGGGACUAUUGGAAUUGGGUCAAGGAUGCGAAGAUGCAGCUUAAUGAACGGAAAUCCGAACAGAUCAAAUUUUCGGCGCGCUUGAUUGAAAAAUAUCCACGAAUUCUUAAAAGAUCACUUGAUCCAUCUCAGGGGGCUCCUCGGCCCAACACUACUCAUCUUGUGGUUCAGCUUGAUAGACUAGCGAUGAAAAAUCUUAACAGCAGAAAGUUGCUUCACUAUCGGGGCUCUAAUCAACGCCUGCACAAGUCGGGCAGAUAUGUUAUUGAACUAGUACCAUAUGAUCGAUACCUUCGGUUACUUCUUGAUACGGUAGCCAAGUAUCCACUCGAUGUCGAAGUUACUGGUCUUGAGGAAACUCUAGCCAACGUCUCCUUACAUAAUGGCGGCAAAGGAGCAUUUUUAGAAAAUGCCGAGUCGGCAACUAUGACUGAAACGCAACCUAAUGAUUUCAAGUACCCAGAAGACAUUGCCGAUAGUUUAAGAACAGUGUUAAAGGGUCUGAUGUAUAAAUACACAGAGCCGCAAUUGACCAGACCUCGAGUGCAAUGGGAACCACUAAGAGAUGUCGAUUCGUCGGAGAAGUGGCCAAGGUUCUUUGUUGAUAAGAAGGAAAAUGAACGUCCACACUUCGAGUAUGCAAGGGAAAAUGAUGGGACAAAACCUUGCGAUGACAGAGAGUAUGAAUGGAUUGCAGCUUUUGCCAAGGUAGUCACAUGGAUAGAACUAAACAUUGAGCCGGUAAAGGAAGGUUUCUAAAUCUUCAUCGAUUGGGAAUGUACGUAUUACCCAUGGCAGUCAGUCUGAAGCAGUCUGGAAAAGGUCUUACUCAUGCUUUUGCGAGGGAAAACAUUUUUGUUAAAUUCUCAGAGUCAUUCUACCAUGAUCGUGGAAAGCGGAUCACCGUAUACAAGAGAACAAUUUUCAAUCAUCUGCUGCUUA